AUGAGAUUCUUUCUUCAUUUCUUGUUUCUCCAGGUCGCCCUGGGCACCGCUAUCAAUAUCCACAUUGAUAUUGAAGAGGGUGGAGUGGGGAUGCUUGAAUCAUCCUCGAUCCUAUCAAUCGACCCCGAGGACUAUGAUGAGCCAUCUAUCGAUAUGGCGACACUGAAGGGGACUUCGGGUGACUGGGACCAAGAACCCAUCAGUGUCAACAAGGAUUAUGAUUAUGGGACACCCGGUGGCGGGUUGGUGUGCAGUGGCGAGAAGUACAAGCAAGCGAAGCUCGACGAGGGGAUUUUCAAGGGCAUCGAGCUUCUACAAUCGGGGCAUACGAUUGGCAACGGCAACUAUCCUCACGUGUUCAAGAACGACGAAAAGAUCCCUUUUCCGGAGUGUGUGGAUGGGGCGAGCAAGAAAUAUGAGUUCCCGAUCGUGAGAGAGGGCUGGUAUAAAGAUCCAAUGGAUCCUGGAAAAGAUCGCGUCAUUUUCCUGUGGAAAAAGGGUUACAAGGCAGUGUUCUGCGGCGCUAUUACCCAUGUGGACAAGAAGAAUUUCAAGUCGUGUACGAAGGGAUUUUGA